UUGGGGAUCAUUUAGUUGUUUUGCUGGUAAGAAUCUAUCUCUCAAUCUCCGUAGGCUGUUUUUGUUUGGUUUUGUCUUAGAAUGACUGACUUUUCUGAUAAAAUUGGGUUUCUUAUGAUUUGGGGGUGCAUGAGGAGAUUUGUAAACGUGAAACACCUGCCGCUGCGUAACGAUGAGUUGCUCAUAGUGACUUGUCUAUUCUCUGAAAUCUUCAGCGAUGGUGUUUGCGAAUUGCACUAUGGAAACAAAAGGUUUGUAAAUGAUGUGCAAUUUGGAAAAAGAGGGUCUGUAAAGGAUGUGCAAUUCAGUACUAUUGAUUGGAGAAUGCUUAAUCCUCAUGCAUCUUCUCAUGAUGCUGGUGUUCCCACCAACAGCGAUAGAAAAGAGCAAAGAAGGAAAAGUAGGUAUGACCGAUUCAACACCAACAGAAGAGAACAAAGAAGAUGAGGCUCGCAGCGUCAGUCAUUUCUGUCUUCUGACAAAUGGCGACGUUGGCUAUGGAGUGAUGAGGAAUGGGUUGGUAAAGAGUUAGAGCGGCGACGACGUUGGACUUGGAUUAAUGUGUAUGCUUAUUUUGGAAAUGAAGAAGGCUAUGGAGGAUAUGGAGGAUAUGGAGUUGUUUUACGCAAUACACUCGCAAAGCCAUUAGUUGCUUCUGCCAAGUUCUCAAAAAAUGGAAUAUCUUUUUUUCAUCAAGCAGUCAUGGGAAUAAAGGCUGGUGUCAAACUUGCUGAGAGACGUAAACUAUCUGAUUUCCAUGUCCAGUGUAAUUCUUCUACACUUCCAGCUCUCUUUCGUGCCACACGUCGCUGCUCUAAUAAAGAAUGCUUUAAGACGCGUGACCCCCUCAGUAUUUGCAGAGCGUGUGAGGCUUAUUUUUCUCGUUUCGCAAGUCUCGAUAUGCUGGUGAUUUCCCUUGGAAUGGAGCUUAGAGGCAACGAAAAAAUAGUAGGAUUUGGAAGUUCAAGGGGUGGGAAUACGGCUGCGCGUUAUAUGGCAAAAAGCUCCAUUUAUAAAAGACGUGAAGUGGAGAUCGAAGCAGUUGAUUUUCCGGAGGAGUUGAGAGAGAUUAUUUGGAAAGAUGCUUGUUUUAUUCCAGACUUCUACAGGGAUAUGAUGGGAUCAGCGGGCCAAGAGGACUCUACCAUGUAGUUCUGUUACUCUUUUUUUUUUUUUUUGAUGCAAAAAGGAAAUUAUUAAUAGAAUUAAGAGGGUACAUUGUUGUCCAUAUCAAUCCACUCUUUUACAUCAAGAGGAAAAGCAGAUUGAUAUGUAAAAAUCGACUUAGAUAUUCUAGCUUUCUUUGCUAGCUUAUCUACAACACCAUUUGCAUCCCUUUUGACAGAAAUACACUUCCAAACCUUUAAAUUUCCUAGCAAAAA